ACGUCGUUUCGCUGUCAUGAUCGUCGUCGCGGUUUCCGUUUUUUCACGUAUUAUUUUCCGUCCCAACAUUUAAUGGACUGUUCCGUCGACUGCAAGGGUCGCUAGCCAUUCGCGGGCGGAAUUUGAAGCAGCAGAAGCAGAAUCAUCGUCGCCAGUCGUCAUCGCGUGUGUGUGUGUGUGCGCGUUCGUGUGUAUGGAAGUAGUGCAAAGUUUUGCUAUAAUCCCAAAUAUUCCAACCAACCAACCAACCAACGGCUUAUUGUUUCCUCGGUUGUGCAAAUUAAGCCAGUGUGUUCCGUUGUACCACUCGGUGGCUGUGUGUUUGUGUGAAGAACACAAGGCAAGAUUAGUGCGUAAAUUUCAACACACCACCGUGUUCUGUUGCUCUUGUGCGUGUGUGUGCGCGUGUGUGUGGUUCGUGUAAGUUAACACGGAUUCGUCGAAGGAGGAGGAGAAGAAACCGGUGGCGGUGUUCUCACACAACCAACGCAGCUUCGGCCAGCAGCUACAACAUCAACCGGAAGUACGAACUCCCCCCGCCACACUCGCAGCGCCUUCCGGGGGACGGGAUAUCAACGUUCGACGCAUCGAUUCGCACCACUCCCCUCACCCCGACACCACCACCUGGUGCGACCCGUUCCCGGCCCUAAAACGGCCGCAACGACAUUAUUAGGAAAACAUCAAAAUUAGUAUGGAAAAGGCAAAGGCGUACAUUAAGAACGAAUUACGUGGGGGCUCCCUAGCGCAACCGGAGCCCCCGCCACCUCCGCCGUCACACCACCACCACCUCCAGCAGCAGCAUCAGCAGCAUCAGCAUCAACAGCAGCAGCAGCAACACCACCACCACCAUCAGCAACAACAGCCACCACCUCCAAACGCUGCCAGCCACCCGGCGUACCAUCCCCACCAGCAGCCUCCGCCGCAUCAUCUGCAGCAGCAUCCGUCGCACCAUGGUAGCCCCGGUCCGAUUCCGGUGUCCUCGGCCCAGUACUACCUGCACCAUCAGCAUCAGCAGCAACAGCAGCAGCAGCACCAGCACCAUCAUCAGCAGCAACACCUCCAGCAUCAGCAUCAGCAUCAGCAUCAGCAACAGCAGCAUCACCCGUCGGCGUCUCGUUCGCCGUCGGUGGCGUCCAACCUGGAGGAUGCAUCCGCCAACAUCUGCUACGUUUGCGGAGCGCACGGUGCACAGGACAAGUACUACCUUCGGGUGCGCCAGAACCCGGACAACCCGAACGAGCCGCACUUUCCGCUGCUGGAAACGCACACACCGCCGGCCGGCGUUCCCCACUGGACACCGGCGAAGGUGGGCGUCCGGUCGUGCUAUCUCUGCUUCACGACCUUCGCCCAGCAGUGGGACUACCACGAGCGCGAGGGCAAACCCGUCUCCCAGCGGCUCUACUGGUUGAAGCGCACGGACGACAAGAGCUACAUCGGAGCGGAGCUGAACAGUCAGGGCGAGUACGCGGCGCAGGUGCUGGGACUAAGUGCGGAGCAUCUCGGCAGUGGUCCGGGAGGUCCGUACGGUGGCGGCGGAGGUGGUCGAAUGGCGACGGAAAGUCCUCGCUCCCAGCAGCAGCAGCAGCAGCAGCAGCAACAGCAGCAGCAGCAGCAUCAUCAGCAACAACAGCAGGCACCACCGCCACCUCCAUCGUCCAAUUCCUCGUCGUCCUAUGCUUUGCCGGUCGCGAGGAACGAAAGCCCUCACCGGGGAGGGCCCGGAGCGCAACGGAACGAAUCACCUGGGCAGGCGAAGGGCGACGGAACGAACACCGUUCCGCCCUACCAUCCGGCGAAGCGCUUCCUCGAGAAUCAUCUCGCGAGUCAGCAGCAACAGCAACAGCAGCAGCAGCAGCAACAGCAACAGCAGCAAACCCCUACAAAUGUCGUUCAACCAUCGACGGGUUCCACGACACCCCAACAGCAGAGACCGUCGAGUCGGAACGAAAAAUCGACCACUCCACGGCCUGCGACGCACGAGAACCCCUCUCCGGGCGCGGAACGAACUCCCUCGUUGCGCUACGACGGCCGCCGGAUGUCCUCUUUCGCGCACCACAAACUCAAGAUGGUGAACUACAACAGUGCGGCCCAGCAGAGUGCAACUGCGGCCGGUAACAACAACGCGGCGGCCACACCGGCCUCCAACCACCAACAGCCGACGACGGGAGGUUCGUCGGCAUCAUCCUCCGCGACGCACCAGCAUCAUCUGCGGCUCGAGGAAGAGGGCGCUCUGGACCUGCGAAACUCGGCCACCGGUGUCGGGCUCGGACCGGGCAGCGUAUCGGGUGGUGGCAGUAUCGUCGGUGGUGGCAGUACCUCGUCGCUCGGUGGCCUAACGCUGGCCGAGGAGAGUAUCCGCAGUGGCGGCAGCAACAGUAAUGGCAGCACCGGCAGUACCGGCACCGACAUCCUCGACCUGUCGAUGCCGGACAAGAACUCGAUGACGGAAGUGUGCUACGUGUGUGGGGACGAGCACCGGCGGGGCAGUCUGAUGGAGAUCGCCACCGUCAAGCCGAAGGACGCGAAGGACCAGGAGAAGCCGUACUUUCCGAUCUUUGACGAAACGCACGCCAGACCAGCACGUUCGCGACCGAAAGACCCGAAGGGUAUGGUGCAGGCGUGCCGGGCGUGCCACCUGUAUCUGCACAAUCAGUGGAAAUCGUUCAUCGCUCGCUCAACACCGGAAGCUCACCGCAAGUACCAGAUCCGAAAACGCCAAAACACUCAGGAACGGUCGGCCACGUUCGUGUGCUACACGUGCGGCGCCGACACGCCGUCCUCGCAACUACGCUUAGUGUACUGCUGCCCGAACGCCGAACGGGAACCGUACUUUCCGUUCAUCAAAACCCUGAAAGCGCCAACCAAUGCUAGUCCAAUAAGUCCACAAGGGAUGGUGCAAAUAUGUUCCACGUGCAAUAAGAAAAAUGCCCACCGAGCGGAAGGGGGCAUCGUGAGCAAUGUGGAUGAACGUUAUCCGUCGCCGACGAAAAUGACGUCCAGUGUGAUAAAUGAGGUUGUACGGUUUAAGCCUUAUGAAUUUGCCUCCACCCUGUCUGGGAUACCGGUGCGGGACCAGAAGGGCAACCGAAGAGAUUCAAGACCAAAUACACCACCACCUCACUCUCAAGGGCCAGUCGAAAAUGGCCACGGUCAUCAAUGUUCCAUUUGUAAGAAUACAUUUCCCAGCCAAUCGAUGGAGUAUUUGUCCACCAGUGCCGAGCAUAUGAAUUCGCAUGCAAUGCAUUUUCCCUGCCUCAAAGGCAGCAACGAUCAGAGCCGCGUGCUAGCCUGUCGGAAUUGCGUCGACAAGCUGACCAUCCAGUGGGAAACGAUGGAUGCUCAGCGUGUGCCACUCGAGCACCGGAAGUACGUCAUCCCGUCGCCGACACCGAAUUCGGCCUCAAUAUCGCCCGGUGGUGGUGGUGGUGGUGGUGGGAGUGGCAGCGGUAGUCUGGUGCGCACGCAGUCCAGCCUCGGCGGUACGCCUCCAUCGACGCCAGCCUCAUGCGCGCCAAGUACCUCCGUGUACUGUUUCAUCUGCGGGUUGCACUCGGAGAUGAUCUUUGCCCGGUUGCUGUACGCCAUCAAGGAGGGUUCUCGGCCUUACUUUCCGUUCCUGUUAGAACACAAAUCGCCACCCAAUGCCGAGCAGCUGCGCAAUGACAGUUCGGCGUUGGUAUGCACAUUCUGUUAUCACUCGCUGCUGAACCAAUGGCGGAAGUAUGACGCUCAGGGUAAUGUUCUUCCUCCGACCGAGCGCAAGUACAACUUUCACGACUACUGUUGCCACUUGUGCGGCAUCACCACGUACCGGAAGCGGGUCCGUGCGCUCCCGAUUCGGGAGUAUCCGUUCGUGGCCAAUCGCAAGUGCGACGGCAUACUGCUUGAAAAUGGGGAGUACGCGGUGGUGUGUUUAGAUUGCUACGAGAGUUUGAGGCAACAAUCGGCCGAGUAUGAUCGGUUCGGUGUGGCCAUCGAAAAGCGAGAGUACAACUGGGUGGCACAGCCACCGCCACCGGAGGACAGCCCGGAAGUUUCGGUAGCGAGGCUGCCGAGUGGCGAACGUUCGGACAAGGCGAUUAAAAAUUCUCAAAGCGGACUACGUGCGAUGCCAAAUAAGAAAAAUUGCUCGACGAAAGGCUCGAUUGAUAAGCGGGAAGCACUACAAUCGAAGCUGGCUCAGAAACGUCCCGUCACCAGCCCGGCCCCGCCAGUGCUUGCCGCGUCGGCCCAACAGCUCCUGCAGCACCAUCCGUCUUCCUCGCCGCACUCGAACCACCUGAUCGGUGGUCCGAACCAUCUGCCCCCGGGUGCCUCCCCCGGACUGAUUCCACCACCCCAGCAGCCACCACUGGGCGUACCGUCGGUGGCGCACGGUGGAGGUGCCGCACCCGGCCCGCCACCGCAUCACUCUUCGUCGCCAAACACACAGAAUCCUUCGUCCGGUGGACGCAGCAGUAGUGGUGGCGGUGGUGGUGGGGGUGGAGGCAACGGGACCGGUUCGUUCGCAGCGGCCCUGCGUAACCUGGCCAAGCAGGCCGAUGGGAAGGACGACGAGCCGGGCGUCGGCGGUGCGAAUGGUGGACCCAGUGGCGGUGCAGGACCUGGUGGUGGUGGAGGGGGAGGCGGAGGAGGAGGAGGUGGGGGUGGACGUGAUAGAGAUCAUCGGGAACGGGAGCGCGAUCGAGAGCGGGAGCGAGCGGGUGAUGGAGGGCCACUGCCGAUGGAUGGACGAGGUAACUCGAUGGCGUCGAUGGUCGAUAGGCGCGAGGAUUCGCGGGGGAACAUCAUCAACGAUGGUCGGAUACGAGGGCCCGAGGGUGGGGGCUCAGGCCGCGGGGGUGGCGUCGAAGGGGCAAAGAAGCAACACCAGCAACAGCAACGUGCCUCCCCGCAGCCCCCGGAGAAGAUGCCACGCUUGAGUGCACCCAGCUCGAAUACGAUUCAGUCGGAACUGCUGGCCCGCAGCGGUUUCCAGCCGUACAGACCCGACGAACGCCUGACGCAUCCUGCCGGUGCAUUUCCUAUCGAUGCCUAUUCGGCUUUCGGUUCCAUUCCCGGUAUGCCGCCAACAAAUCUCUUCAAUCCGGCCGCCCUCGCGUACCACGAUCCGGCGAUCUAUCUUGAUCCGCGCUACCCGAUGCUCCGCGCCGGUCAUCAUUCACCCGCGGGUCACCCGCUUUACCCGUCGCUUCCGUACUCGCCCAACAUCUACGGCAUGCUGCCCGGGAUGGGCAUGCCGAGCAUUCACGAGCGCAUGAAGCUCGAAGAGGAGCACCGUGCGGCUCGGUUGCGCGAGGAAGAGCGAGCCCGGGAAGCCCGGGAGGCGGCCAUGGAGCGCGAAAAGGAGCGCGAGUUGCGCGAGCAACGGGAACGCGAGCAGCGCGAAAAGGAGCAGCGUGAGAAGGAGGAGCGCGAGCGGCUGCAACGCGAGAAGGAGCAGCGUGAAAAGGAGCAGAGGGAGAGGGAGCAGCGCGAGAAGGAACGCGAACGUGAGGCAGCUCGGGAGCGGGAGCGGGAACGCGAAAGGGAACGGGAGCGUGAACGCAUGAUGCACAUGAUGUCACCUCACUCGCUGCCGAGGCAGUUCUUCUCCAUUCCGGGCCUUCCGCCGGGGUUGCCACCGUCGCUCGGGCUCGGCAUGCGUCCGCAGGGUGGUCCGCUGGGGCUUCCCUCGCAUCACCCACUGCACCCAUCGCUGGGACUGAGCAUGGGUCUCGGUUUGUCACAAGUGCCACAGCCACCGUCGGCUUCGACGCUCAACCUAUCGCAUCCGUCGGCCGGGAUGGUGCCACAACCACCACCGCCCGGCAGUGGUCUCGGGCAUUCGGCGAUCCCGACAAGCCUGGCGGCGGUAGCGGCCGCCUACAGCCACAGCAUCGCGUCGACGAUGAACUCCGCGUUCCACUCGUCGAUGGCGCACAUGGGCGGGCUGAAUCUGUCCCACUCGGCAGCGGCUCUCGCGAACGCCCAGAACCUCAGCCUUGCCGGGCACAUUCCUCCGCCGGCGCACGGAUCGAUGAACCUCUCUUCCGGUGGGUCACCGGCUGGCGUUGUCGUCUCGUCGGCGAACGGCAGUAACAACGGUGGCCAGCAUCAUCUUGCACCGUCCCCGCACCAUCAUCUCACUUCGCCCCACGGUGCCCCGCUGGCCCUGACGUCCAGCAAAUCGUCCACCCAUCCAUCGCCACAUCCGGCCACCCGAGCUUCUCCCUCAUCCCCGGUGGUGGCCGCCAGUAGCAGCAGCGGUGGCGUUAGCAACAGCAACAGUCCCGCGACCGCCCCGCAUCCGUACUACACGGCCGCCGCAAUGGCCGCAGUUGCUGCGGCAGCUUCGCCACUCUCGCUUAGCAGCAAGCCACCACUGCCGCAUCCCUCGCUGUCCCAUCCAUCGUCGGCCGGUGCCGGAAGUCAUCAUUUGCACCACAUGCACCACCAUCCCGGCGCACAAACACCGCAACAUCCUCCCGGAGCAGGUGGUGGUGGUGGAGGACGCAGUGUGAUAACACCACCAAGCCAUCAUCAUCAACAGCAGCAGCAGCAGCUAGCCCAUCAUCAUCAUCAUGCCGCGCUCGUGGCGGCUGCCGCGGCCUCCCAGGAACGUUCUUCAGCGAGCCAACAGCAGCACCAACACCGAGGAGGCAGCAACAGUGGAGGACCUCCACCACCGUCGAACGUACGAUCCGAUCCUGCCCCUCCUCCAGCUGCCCCUCCUUCCGUCAUCCCUUCAUCGCCGGCCGGUCCGCUGGUGCCGGAACUCAAUGUAAAUAGUACAAACGUCGCUAGUAUUAACAGCACAGGACCUCCAGCACCAUCUCGCGGUGAUGGUAAUGACUCAUCGUUGUCGCCCUCGGUGUUGAAGCUGUCCCGUUCGCCACCAUCAACGAUAGGCGCACCCUCCCCAUCCGUGCUGACACCCCUCGUGGACACGAACAGCAGUGUCACGAAUGUCAUCAAAUCGACCGUCAACGAUGCGACUAGCGGCGGUAGAUCAUCGUCGCAGCUGGAUGAUGGAACUACUACCGGUGGAGUAAUCACGGGAACCAAACGUCCCGUGUCGUCCUCCCCACCGCGCGGGGACAAUUUGAAUGCAACCCCCCCGGAAACAACGCCGGUGAUGGAAGCGAAUGGAACGGGUGCCUCCAACGCGAGGAACGACGACCCGAUGGCGAAGGACGGUAAAGACGAUCGUGCGGCGAGUGGCGAUGGGUCGAACGCGAAGGACGAUCCGGUGAAUGUCACCACACAACCGCCACCACCUCUUCCACAUGACAACGGAGCGGACGAUAAUGGUACGACGGUGCUAGAGAAACAGCACCAGCGUCAACGGUCCACUUCCCCCACAGCGGGUGUGAAUAGUAAUGGCAACAGCAGCAGUACCGGUGGUGGUAAUAAUCCCGACGGUGGCACCGUAGGUGGUGCCAGCCCCCUAACACCACCAUCAGCGACCACGACGAAAACGGGCACCACGACGGCGACGACGACUUCGGGUACCAGCACCCCGAUCGGUGGAACAGCGGCAUCAGCAGGUAAUAAUAAGACUGUCGUCGUUGAACCGUCGGCCGAGGAUCACGUUGUUGCCGAACGGGAACUGGUGCUUCCACCAUCGAAACGUGAGCGGCGUACCUCACCACCCGGUGGUGUUAGUACGCCCGACGACCGUUCAAAUGUGGAGCCAAUGGACACGACACAUCUUCACGGCGCGGAGAACGGAAAGAAGUCCGCCAUAGGGAACAGUGCAGACGGCGGGGCGCCCGUUAUUGUAGAAGGGCUUAACAAUGGCGCGCAAAGGGGUGACAACCGGUGAGACGGUUCUCACGAAAGGCUACAUGUGGUAUAUGGAAAAGGUUUAGGAAUAUUUAUUUGACUCGUUGAGAUACUUCUUUAUUCCUGGACGAUGGGCCUCACUGUGUUCCAUACACUCUAAGAGAGAGAGAGAGACAGAGAGGGCGUGCGAUGAUGGAUUUGUAUAUCCUUGAGAUCGCUCUCGCCUAGAACGAGGCAAAGCAUUUGAAACAAAAAUGUUAAAGCUCUACACACAUGAUAAUCUUGCUGUUCCUCUCCUCGGAGUACUUUUUGACGAACAAUAAAAAUGUAAAUACGAAUAUGCUCCUCUAUAGCAGCAUAGCGAGCGCACAAGCACAACCACAUCUAUUCUUCCACAAGAUCUCAGAUCGGACAAAAGGAAAACGAUGCUGUGUGUACGGUACGGCGCGAAGGUGACAAUUGGUGAAAAUGAUACGAUUUAGAUUUUCACGGCAAACGACUUAAAAAAAACAUUGAAAGUGUGGAAUUGGCAAACAAAAAAAAACAAGGGGUUGGAAAGGAUAUGUAACUACAUGCGCACACACAACCUCUGGUUGUUUUUGGGGAGGUUGGGAUUAAAUUCCCAAAAGCGUUUAGUGUAAGACUUUCGUUGUAUAUACAGAAUAAGAGUAAACAAUAUAGCCGUCACCUUCGGAUAUGCUCUGAACAGUUCAGACCAACAUUUGCAAAAGCACGCACACAACACACCCCCAAUCUUCUGCUGCAGUUUGCUCGUCCUUGUGACGUUGUUUUCUAAUAUGCUCGUUUUGUAGAAGAGAGAGAAAAAACAUCCCAUUAGCGUAAAGUCUCGCUUUUGUUCACGAGAAUCGAGAGAGAGGGGCAUCGACUUUUUGGUAUGGUUCCGAAAAUUCCAUCAAUGCUGAAGCGACGCUUGACCAAACACGGUGUGGAAGCACCGAAAACGGAAUUCGGGUGACCUUCGCCCUCGGGACUAUAAUUUAGUGCGUAAGAAGCAAUCGAUUGGUUCCAUUGUAUAAUUUUACAUGUUAGUUUUAAACACAUCUCUUCUAUCCCCCAUACACUGGACAGAUUCUUACUUUAGUUUUAUUUUUUUAUUCUCUUUGGCUUCUUAUCAUUGCGUUUUAUUUUACACUUAAGAUUGUGCAUUAUCGACGUUAGGCAACAAACCACACAUACCGUCGUGAAAGGGAUACUAAAGCGAGUAGAUAAGUAAGAUGCUGCAUAAUUUCAUAACUUUCCUCUUCUAUUCGAUUUUGAACACUCAGAAACGGAUGCAAACUCUGUCUGCUUUAAUGUAAUAGUGUUUGGAUCCCUUUAGUUAGGUGGUAAGAGCAUUUUUUCUUCUUUUGGUUUGUUUUCCAAAACUCCAAUCGAAAGCAGUCGGAGAUGAGGUAAAGAUUAUUUUUAUAAUUAUUACCAGCAAAACAAUAUAAUUAAUUGCACCACCCCCCCCGUAUGCUUAUUAUUAUCCUUAACUUAGUAUAGGAGACAAAGUUUAGUUCUAUCUCUAUAUGGUGUAGUGCCUAGGACACCACGAUACCGCUUUAGAUCCUAUCUUCUGACGAAGAAAGCAAACAAGAAAGGAAAAGAUAAGUUUCAGAAAAAAUAUCCAAACAAAACCUAAUAAAUCGUAACCAUACAAAACGUGUGUGACUAGGAAAGGGAAACAACCAGUGCAACAAAGUAAGGAAAUAUAAGGAAGUAAAUGGCGUACAAUGUGUUGCGGAGCAUAUGAGUUGUAGAACGUUGGUAGGAGAAUUGCGAGAAUGUAGUGAACAGGAGCCCAGAUAGAGCGUUUGCAGUGCAGCAGGAAUAGUACUCGAGUACUAUCAGUAGGAAAUGUUUAUUAGGUGAUGAUGUAAAAACUGACGACAGAUAAAAAAAAGCAAAGAAACUGAAACAAUAAUCAAAACGCGUACCAACAA